AUGGGUCGAACACCACAGGAAACGCAGGCUGAGUCAGAGGCUCCUACCAAGGACGCCGUACCACAGCCUGGCAAUACUGCCGAUGCCGACGUGCUCGAGGAAGCCGUGAGCAGCCGCACCAAGCUCUCAAGCCCAGUACGCUUUUUUCUGGCAGUCGUUUUGAGUUUUGCGCUUGGGUCACUCGGUCAAGUUGGCCUUCACUAUGCGACUAAGGACGAACUAGCAAGUGUUGCGAAGGACUUGGGGAAGUGGGAGGUUGGACUGCUGGCAGCGUGGAGGCUAGUCAUGCUGGCUCUUUGCUGGCUUGGUGACUAUGAUGGAUACGAUUCUGCUGCCCUUGCGUUGCUCUCGCAUGGCCCGACUGCUUUCCUUGUCUCUGUCUUCUACGGCAUUCGCUCCCUGACGGCCGGCGCCUAUCUCUUGGUCGACAUCCUUUCCACAUCUCUACCUUUCUACCUCCUCCGGCGUGUCAGCGGCGCCCAUUCUGCCGCGCCGGGCACUCCCAAUCGUGAAAUUGUCACCGACAAGACCAUCUUGGCGCUCACCUCCUUGCAGGCUGCCCUCAUCUACAGUGUCGUUCUGUACCUCGCUACUCGCUAUUUCCUGCCGCAGACGCUCGUGCUGUACUUCACUGGCAUCCAAACUGUGCGGCCCAAGGCUGAGGACAUGUUCCUCGGACUCGGCAGUCCUAUGGUACAAGUUCUGAGUCUCCUGUUCGGCCUGGCGGCGAGGACGUUCAUCUUCUCGCCGACGGUCACAACGCCAAGAACAGAGGAGGAUGAGAAGAAUGAGGAGUUUGACCCCGUCAACGCCACGCUUCGGGAGACGGUAAAGUGGAACCUGUGGGGUUACACCACACAGACGAAGGUGUCGCUGAAGAGGACUGCGACUGCGAUGUUGGUUACAGGACUGGGCACGGUGCUUGAGACGGGGCUAGUGUUGAAGGGUGUUGAACCAUAUGGUGCAGUUGUGUAUGCAGGAGUUUGGGUUGCGGCCGCGUGUGUCACGGGGUUGGGGUUGAGGUACAUAUUUUUCGGCAUCAUGGCAGAUUUGACGCGCGUUUAUGCCAGCCGCGAGUCUGGUCAGCCCUUGCCGACGGCAGCAAACGAUCGAAAGGACUGGGUUAGCGGCCAACACGAUGCCAAGACCCAGCUGAAGGCUGAGCAGCCUUGCGGGUGGAUCAAGGCAAGGCGUAUUUGGGUGCUUGUUGGCGCUUGCGAGAGGGGCGAUUUCCUUGAUCGGAUGAUGCAUCAAGAGCAGCAUGGCAGCGAUGGAGCCCAGCAGUAUCAGCCGCAGAGCGGCUGA